AAACAGUUCCAACAGAUAACGACUGCCAUUAAUGUCAAGCAAACCGAUGUCGGCGUAAGAGAUCUGCAAAUAGUGUCUAAAAACGACAUCCAAUUGCUUAAAGAGGGCGAAAAUGAGAAAACAAAAACAUAUAGAGCUCUCUGUUGUCUGAGCCGUGCGCUCACGGAUGCGGACAUUGAGUUGUUAUCGAAAUGCGAAUCCUUUGCGAUCGAUCAGAAGACACCGAUUCGUGUAUUACAUCGGCGGACACUUUCUGUGCGACAAAAACAUGUCUAUAAGUUGACGGCUGAGAGAGUGACCGAAGAGGUGGUGAGCGACGAACACAAGCCAUUCAUUGAUCGUAUAUUUUAUCUGAAUCUGACGGCAGAGGCGGGAACUUAUAUCAAAGAGUUUGUGCACUCGGACUUUGGCCGCACUGUCCCGUCGUUGGCCACAAUCUUAGGCGGCGAUUGUGCCGCUGAUAUCAUACAACUCGAUGUUAUGGAAAUAAACAUCGAUUGGCCGCCAGUUGUCGACUAUGAAGACCAGAAAUAAUGUUAAAUGAUAUCUAUUUUUAUAUUUUCAA